AUGUCAACUGUUCUGAUGAUCGCAGAAAAACCAAUGCUCUCUGAAUCUAUUGCUCGUUUAUUAUCAAAUGGCAAAUUUCAUAAAAGAAAAGGAUGGAACGGAGUGUGUUCAGUUUGUGAAUACGAUGGUCAGUUCAAAGGGAAAAAUGUCCAUUUCAAGAUAACAAGCACAUGUGGUCAUGUAAUGAACAUCGAUUUUCCGCAGAAGUACAAUAACUGGGUGAAAGUAGAUCCUAUUCAAUUGUUUACCGCACCAACGGAGAAGAAAGAAGGAACUCCAAAAAUAAGAAUGAUUGAAUUCCUUGCUUCUGAAGCGCUUGGAUGUGAUUAUCUAAUUUUAUGGCUAGAUUGCGAUAAAGAAGGAGAAAAUAUAUGCUUUGAGGUAAUUGAUGCCGUCAAAAAUUCUAUAAAAUUACCUGAAUCUGGAAAUAUAAUGGACAAUAUUUACCGAGCACGCUUCUCUUCAAUAACCGAAAAAGAUAUAAAAGGAGCUAUGCGAAAUCUGGUUCGGCCAAAUUUAAAUGAAAGUCUGUCAGUUGAUGCUCGCCAAGAAUUGGAUUUGAGAAUAGGGUGUGCCUUCACUCGUUUUCAGACACGCUAUUUUCAGGGAAAGUAUGGUGAUCUCGAUAGUUCUUGUAUUUCAUUUGGACCUUGUCAAACACCCACACUUGGUUUCUGUGUUUCACAGUAUGACUCCAUUAUGCAGUUCAAGCCAGAAUUAUAUUGGACAAUUCAAGUAGCGAAUUUUUAUCGCCAGUUAUUAAAGCCUACACAUCAAAGAGGGAAAAUUUUCGAUCGAGAAGUUUGUCAACUUUUUUAUGAGAUAAUCAAAAAAUGUAGCAAAGGUGUUGUUAGUGAUGUUACCAGAAAAGAAGGACACAAAAACCGCCCUUGUGCACUAAAUACAGUGGAAAUGUUACGUGUCGCAAGCAGUGGACUUGAUAUUAGUCCUUCUUCUGCUAUGGCCAUAGCAGAGCAUCUAUAUAUAAAAGGUUUUAUUUCAUACCCACGCACAGAAACUACUGCAUAUUCUUCCAAUUUCGAUUUUAUAGAAUUACUUGAGCAACAGCAAAAUGAUUUAAAAUGGGGUGAUCUCGUAAAACAAUUGCUUCGUGAAGGUAUAUCAAAACCUCACUCUGGUGAUGAUAAGGGUGAUCAUCCACCUAUUACUCCAAUGCGUCCUAAUGAUGGUUCACUCUCUGGAGAUAAUUUAAAACUAUAUGAAUAUAUCACUCAACAUUUUAUCGCCACAUUAAUGAAACCAUGCAGAUAUUUUUCAACUACAAUUAAAAUAAUUGCAAAUGAAGAAAUCUUCACAAUAACAGGGAAAGCACUAAUUGAUCCUGGAUUCACUCUGGUGAUGAACUGGCUUGCAAUGAGUGAAGAAUCGCCUUUGCCUAAUUUGCAGAUUGGUGAUGAAUUGGAUCUAAAAGAUGUUGCAAUAGUUGAAAGGUCAACAACACCUCCAGAUUAUCUCUCUGAAUCGGAAUUGAUUACUUUAAUGGAAAGGCAUGGAAUAGGAACUGAUGCUUCUAUUCCUGUCCAUAUAAAUAAUAUUUGUCAACGGAAUUAUGUUACUGUGAAGUCAGGUCGGCGUUUAGUUCCAACUAAACUGGGAAUUGCUUUGGUCCACGGAUAUCGGAAAAUUGAUCCGGAACUAGUCUUACCUACAAUGCGAGCAGAAGUAGAAAGCCAUUUAAAUCUUAUUGCGAAAGGUCUUGCCGAUUUCUCAUCAGUUAAAAAUCAUAUUUUGGAAAAUUUUCGAGCGAAGUUUUUGUAUUUCGUUACGAAUAUAUCACUGGUUGAUUCGCUUUUUGAAGAUUCCUUCACAACUUUGGCUCAGUCCGGUAAGCCUUUUACCUGUUGUGGCAAGUGCAGGCGUUUCAUGAAACUUGUUGCAUCAAGGCCUCAACGUUUAUAUUGUCCAAACUGUCAGGAUACAUAUUCUUUGCCGUCUCAAACGGAUGGAAUUAUCAAAUUAUAUGCCGAAAAUAAGUGCCCUCUUGAUGGCUUCGGUUUGAUUUAUUGGCAAGGGAGUAGUGGUAAAUACCCUCUUUCUUUUGCAUUUUGUCCUUUUUGUUUCAACAAUCCUCCGUUCGAAGGAAUGAGAAAAAAAGAUGGCUGCAAUGAAUGCCCACAUCCUACAUGUCCACAUUCUUUUAUGACUCAGGGCGUUGCAAGGUGUCCUUAUUGUAAGAUUCGUAAUGGCAUAUUGGUUUUCGAUCCACAGUCUGGACCAAAAUGGCGUCUUACCUGUAACAAAUGCGGAGCUAUGGUCAACAUUUUUAAAAAUGCUCAAAAAGUCAGAAUUUCCGACAAGCAGUGCAAUGAAUGUUCAGCUCAGUUGAUAAUAACGGAAUAUAAGGAUAAAUCGCUUUUACCAGGAGACAAAACUUUGUACAAAGGGUGUGUCUUUUGUGAUCGAAGUAUAUCAGAUCUUGUUAAUUUAUCUCAGUUAAAUAAAAGUCACGAACCCAAAUCUCUAAAAAAUGUGAAUAUAUCAACGUCUAAUUAUACACAAUUGAAUAUUAGACGAGAUAAACGUUCUGUUCAUCGAGGCGCGAAGUUUAAUAGGACUGAAAGACCGCGGUUAUUGAAAUAUGCCAAUGGAUUUGGAAUGAAAUCGAGCUUAUCAAGUUAA